GUGCUGGCUAUACCCCGGUCGCCCACCGCCCGCUCCUUUAUCAUGGAAGACCAUGAGAGCGGUGGAAAGGUACUCAUUGCUGCUCCUUCAAAUGGUAAUUCGGACUUCGUGGGUCAUAUUGGGCGCAAGAUUUCCCUCGAUGAUGAUGAGGUAUCAUUCGACGUAUCUGGUACUUACUACGACGAUAUCCAAGGCUACAAGCUAACCGUUUCGUGGGACGGGCCCAGUGACAGAAUAUUUGAAGACUGUUAUAAUUUCGGCUCAGCCCAAUGGUUCGGAGGACCAGAACAAAAGGAACAAUACUGGCCAAUUCAAAAGUCCAACCUGCAAAAAUACUCAACAAUUUCAAAGGAAGACGACAAUUCAGCUGUAUCGGAGAGAUAUUGGCUCAACUCCGACGGUGUUUACGUUUACGUUCACCCUGAAGCACCACUCUUUGUUGACUACCACAAUGUUCUAGAUAAUCACAUCUGUUUCAUUGCUGAAGUAGCAGCACCUUACUCUUCAAGGCGUACACAUAAUGUGCUCAAAUACGACAUCUGGUUCUUCGAAAACGCGAAGGUAGCUCACCAACACGCAGUUAGUAAUUACUUGGGACAACCUUCCGGCAUCCCAGAUUACAGAAUGAUUCAGUACCCCAUCUGGUCUACAUGGGCGAGGUAUUCCAGGGAAAUUGAUCAAGACAGCCUGUGGGCGUUCGCUAAUGAAAUUAAAGAUAGUGGCUUCCCCAAUGCCCAGUUCGAAAUUGACGACCUAUGGGAAGUUUGCUACGGAUCUCUUACAGUGAACGAAACGAAAUUGCCAAACUUUAAACAGCUGAUUCAGGAUAUCAAGGGAUUAGGUUUCAGAGUUGCUAUUUGGGUGCAUCCAUUUAUUAACAAAGAUUGCGAACCUUGGUACUCAGAAGCUCUAGAGAAAGGCUAUCUCGUCCUAAACGAAGAAGGCAGUCCAGAUACAACCUGGUGGAACAACAAUGGCUCAAUUCCUGGAUACAUUGACUUCACAAACCCAGAAGCCUCGAAAUGGUACACAACCAGAGUUCAAGACUUGAUUGAAACUUAUGAUAUUGACACUUUGAAAUUCGAUGCUGGUGAAUCCAGCUGGUCCCCUCAGAUUCCAGUCCAAAACGGAGACAUCGAUUUGCAUCCGGGACACAUUGUCCAGUCUUACGUGAGAGCUGUUGCCGAAUUUGGACCAAUGAUUGAAGUUAGAUCUGGAAUGAGAACACAAGACCUCCCCGUGUUUGUACGAAUGGUUGACAAAGACACAUACUGGGGCUUCAACAACGGCCUUCAGACCAUGAUUCCCACACUCCUCGCUAUGAACCUCAAUGGAUAUACCCUCGUCUUACCAGACAUGAUUGGUGGCAAUGGAUACAAUGACAAACCGAGCAAGGAAUUGUUUGUGAGGUGGCUGCAAGUGAACGUGUUCAUGCCUACACUGCAGUACUCUUUCGUGCCAUGGGAUCAUGAUGAUGAGGCGGUAGAAAUCUGCCGCAAGUACACGGAAGUACACGCGCAGUUCGCGGACGAGAUCGCAGCGGCCAUGGAGGCGUCAGUCCGGGACGGGACGCCCGUCAACCCGCCCGUGUGGUGGUUGGACCCUACUGAUGAAGCUGCACUCGCUGUUUGGGAUGAAUUCCUCCUCGGCACACGUAUCCUCUCCGCUCCCGUGGUAGAAGAAGGCGCUGUAUCCCGCGACAUCUACUUACCCCGCGGACAGUGGAAGGAUGGCAACACUGGCCAGGACUACACUGGGCCAAUCACUCUGUACGACUAUCCUGCUCCAUUGGACAUCUUGCCCUAUUUUAUAUUGCAAAAUUAGAUAAUCAAUAAAUUGUUUUGAGUAAAA